AUGUCCGAAGCCCAACAUGAAACCUCUACAGAAAUCAACAACCCUACGGAGAAUAUAAAGUCCACGGAGCCCCUACAGCCAUCGACACAAAUAUCGGCGCCUCCUACUGGGGUUACCGUGCAGGAGCUUCAGAAUGCUUCCUCUACUUCGACCGAGCAGAUAACGGAGGAACUGAGCGCUACCUCACUGAACAACGGAUACAAGACACCACCGGUGCAGGGAAAAGAACUACCUGCUUCGCCGCCUCCACCACAGCCGCCUGCCGAAUCUGAGAAACCGUAUCUAGACCCUACCCCAAAGACACCAGUCUUCUCGAGGCGUCCCUCCCACCAAGACUCAGAACUCGACUACAACGAACACGAUGGCCACCUGCCAGGACCACUGGCAAAAAGUGCGCCGGAGAAGGUACAGUCCGACGACAACGAUUCUACCGUCGAGAUCCAGUCCAUCAUGGACCAGUUUGCGGACGAAUCUGCUGCCCCAACGAAAGAAGAGAUAAUGUCUCCUCGACAAGAAAACCAAGAUCCUAUGCAGUUUGCUACCACUGGCUACCCGACACGAAGGUCCAGUCUCGAGCCUCUUCGAUCACGCGACAUGGAUGCUAUAGCAACCUCACCUGUAGCGGCACACUCGGAGAAACUAGAGGCUUUUCCUGCUUCACCUCCGCCUGUUCCACCAAAGCCAGAUCUCAGUUCGCUCAAGAGCCCAGUGGCAUCGUUGAGGAACGUUUCUGCUUCACAACUGCCGGUGCCAGAACCCGAACCGGAACUUCCCUUUGACUUUCAUCGCUUUUUGGAACAGCUACGCCACAAGUCGGCUGAUCCCGUGGCUAGGUUUCUUAGGUCUUUCCUGACCGAGUUUGGAAAGAAACAAUGGAUGGUUCACGAGCAGGUAAAGCUGAUCGGUGACUUUCUUGCUUUUAUCACUAACAAAAUGGCUCACUGCGAUGUCUGGAGAGAGGUCUCAGAUAAUGAGUUCGACAAUGCAAAAGAAGGUAUGGAGAAAUUAGUCAUGAAUCGCUUGUACACCCAGACUUUUUCUCCUGCACUCCCACCACCACCUCAACCACCUCGCUCAUCGUCCAGAGGCAAACGGAAAGACAUAGAUAAAGUGCUCGGUCCCAGUCGUCGUGGUCAGCAUCAGGAAGAUGUCGAACGUGAUGACAUCCUGACACAAAAGAUCCGUAUUUAUGGCUGGGUCCGCGAAGAACAUCUGGAUAUUCCACCUGUUGGUCCUAAUGGUGAGCGAUUUCUACGUCUGGCACAGCAAGAACUCGUGAAAAUGAAAAAUUAUCGUGCUCCCAGGGACAAAAUCAUCUGCAUCUUGAAUUGCUGCAAGGUGAUCUUUGGCUUGCUCAAGAAUGCUCAAUCAUCUGACACUUCAGCUGACUCGUUCGUGCCAUUAUUAAUAUAUGUGGUUCUUCAAGCGAACCCGGAACAUCUUGUCUCGAACAUUCAAUACAUCCUUCGCUUUAGAAACCAGGACAAGUUGUCAGGUGAAGCAGGAUAUUACCUGUCGUCACUUUCAGGGGCUAUUCAGUUCGUUGAAGGCUUAGAUCGGACCUCAUUGACCGUGUCCGAUGAAGAAUUCGAGAAGAACGUGGAAGCAGCAGUCUCUGCUAUUGCAGCUCAGAACCGCGAAGCAGAGCCGAUGUCUCCUGCUCAGCAGUUCUCGGAGAAAUCAAGCCUAUCUGAGCCUGAAAUCACUCCUCGAAACUCGACAGAGGUAACUAUGGCUACUCCGCGGAGGAGCAAUUCAAGAUCGGGUGCAUCUACUAGUGGCAUCGAUGGCAGCUCUGACGACACUGUCGGUGGGCUCUUGCGAACCAUACAAAGACCUCUCUCGACAAUCGGGAGGUUCCUUUCUGACACAGACAUCAUACCUGAAGACAGAAGUAAAGGUUCAACAGCACAAGGCAGACUCAGUCCUAUCGGCUCUCAAGCAGACCGACCUGAUCCAGAUCAACGCAGUCGUGCAUAUCCCGAGCAACGUCGUAUACAACAUUAUGAUGCUCAAGAAGCUGCUGCGAGGCAGGCCAGCGCUGAAACCGCUGAAGCUCGUCGUAUGCAGCGAACAGAGCACAGGUCGGUUGUCGAUACGCUUUGUGGCAUGUUCCCGAACCUUGAUCGCGAAGUCAUCGAUGAUGUUGUUCGACAGAAGCAAGGACGGGUGGGUUUGGCGGUAGAUGCCUGCCUGGCUCUUACUGCAGGCAGUUGA